AUGAGUCAAUUUGCAGCGAGCAAAAAUGUACUCGCCGGGGUCGCGCGACCGUCGGUGAGAUCGAAUUCGAACGCGCGUUCGAGAGUCGCGAAACGAGCGACUGUGAUGAAGUCCAACAACAACAACAAGGAAUCCUCGAGUGAUGCGCAAAAAAUUGCCAUCGCCACCUUGACUGCGUUUGCCACCUUGCAAAACGCGCAGAUGGCAUCAGCCAUCGACUUCCCGGCCAUGCCGGCGGUGGAGCAACAACAAUCCGCGGAACAAACGACGGAAGCGUUCCCAAGUUUGUCCGCACCGUCCACGACGGUUGCCUCGACGACCGACGCCUCUGGAUUGCCGGAAGGCGCGACGUGGAGAUACUCGGAAUUCAUCAAAGCCGUUUUAGGCGGGAAAGUUGAACGCGUGCGAUUCGCCAAAGACGGUUCGUCUUUGCAAUUGACCGCGGUGAACGGGAACAGAGCGACGGUUGUUUUACCGAACGAUCCGGAGUUGGUGGAUAUUUUGGCCAAGAACGGCGUCGACAUUUCCGUUUCCGAAGGCGAGCAACAAGGGAACGCGGCGAGUUUGUUGGGCAACGUGUUGUUCCCGGUUAUCGCGUUUGCCGGUUUAUUCUUUUUGUUCAGAAGAGCGCAAGAUGGAUCUGGCUCUGGCGGUGGCAUGCCGGGUGGCAUGGGCGGCAUGGGCGGCGGUGGCCCGAUGGAUUUCGGUAAAUCCAAGAGCAAAUUUCAAGAAGUUCCGGAAACCGGCGUCACUUUUGUCGACGUCGCCGGCGUCGAAGGCGCCAAGUUGGAAUUGCAAGAAGUUGUCGAUUUCUUGAAGAACCCGGACAAAUAUACGCAACUAGGCGCCAAGAUCCCGAAGGGUUGUUUGUUGGUUGGCCCGCCGGGUACGGGUAAGACGUUGUUGGCCAAGGCGGUCGCCGGUGAAGCCGGUGUUCCGUUCUUCUCGUGCGCGGCGUCCGAGUUCGUUGAAUUGUUCGUCGGCGUCGGCGCGUCUCGUGUCAGAGAUUUGUUCGAAAAAGCCAAAUCGAAGGCGCCGUGUAUCGUCUUCAUCGAUGAGAUUGAUGCCGUCGGGAGACAGCGUGGUUCCGGCAUGGGCGGUGGUAACGAUGAGAGAGAACAAACGAUUAAUCAGUUGCUCACGGAAAUGGAUGGUUUCGAAGGGAACACUGGCGUCAUCGUCUUGGCGGCGACGAACAGACCGGACGUUUUGGAUUCCGCCUUGUUGCGUCCGGGACGAUUUGAUCGUCAAGUUACCGUCGACCGACCGGAUGUUGCCGGCAGAAUCAGAAUCUUGAAGGUGCACUCCAGAGGUAAGACCAUCUCCCCGGAUGUUGACUUUGAAAAGGUUGCCAGACGUACCCCGGGUUUCACCGGCGCCGACUUGGCCAACUUGAUGAACGAAUCGGCUAUCAUUGCCGCCAGAAGAGAAUUGACAGAAAUUUCCAAGGAAGAAAUCGCCGAUGCGCUCGAGAGAAUCGUCGCCGGUGCCGCCAAGGAAGGUGCCGUCAUGUCGGAGAAGAAGAAGAGACUCGUAGCGUACCACGAAGCCGGUCACGCCAUCGUCGGUGCGUUGAUGCCGGAAUACGAUCCGGUUGCCAAAAUCUCCAUCGUCCCGAGAGGCGCUGCGGGUGGUUUGACCUUCUUUGCCCCGAGCGAAGAACGAUUAGAAUCUGGUUUGUAUUCCAGAUCGUACCUCGAGAACCAAAUGGCGGUUGCCAUGGGUGGUCGUGUCGCGGAAGAGUUGAUCUUUGGCGCCGAAGACGUCACCACUGGCGCCUCGGGCGAUUUCCAACAAGUCUCGCAAACCGCGAGACAAAUGAUUGAAACCAUGGGUUUCUCCAAGAAAAUAGGUCAAAUCGCGUUGAAAACUGGUGGCGGUCAAUCUUUCUUGGGUGGGGAAAUGGGUCGAUCUGCGGAUUACGGACCAGCAACGGCGGAUUUGGUCGAUAGCGAAGUCAAAGAGUUGGUGACCAAAGCGUACCGAAGAGCGAAGGAUUUAGUGUCUAUCAACAUCGACGUAUUGCACAAAGUUGCGGACGUGUUGAUGGAAAAGGAAAACAUCGAUGGCGAUGAGUUUGAAAAGAUCAUGUUCAACGCCAAGUCCGAGUUGUACUUGAAGGAAGACAACUUGGAGGUUGUCGUUCCGUACAUGCAAUAA